AUGUCAGAAAUGAUUUCCGCAGGAGGCGAAAAACUUUGGAAGACCCUCGCUUUAAGAGUCAGUCGAUAUCUUGAAGAAGGAAAAAUACCAUCAAGCUGGAAGGAGUCAAAUACCAUCUUGCUGCACAAGAAGGGCAAUCAAGAAAAUCUUAAGAAUUACCGCCUUAUAUGCCUACUCUCUCAUAUUUACAAGUUCUUUACAAAGGUGGUAAGGAACCGACUUUCGCAGAGCCUAGAUGAACAACAGCCAAGAGUGCAGGCAGGGUUUCGAAGAAAUUUCAGCACAAUCAACCAUAUAUUUACCUUUAACCAGCUCCUAGAAAGAGCGAGGGAAUACAAACUUCCACUGUGCAUUGCUUUAGUUGAUUAUGAAAAGGCCUUCAAUAGCAUCGAGUUCAACGCAAUAUUAAAGAUGCUCACAGAGCAGGGCAUUAAGAUGCAAUACAUCAAUUUGUUGAAGGAAGCGAAUACUGGAUGUACAACAGAUAUUACUCUCCUUGAAACUCCCUUCCGUAUCCCAAUCGAGAAAGGCGUGAAGCAAAGAGAUAUGAUUUCACCGAAACUAUUCACUGCCUUCCUCAAAAUGGUAAUGAACAAGAUCAACUGGAGAAGUGAUGCCAACAUAAACGGAGAACGAUUAUCUCAGCUCAGAUUUGCGGACAACAUUGUAUUAAUUGCUGAAAGCACCAACCAAUUGCAGAGCAUGCUACGAAGACUUGACAAGAAAAGCAGUCAGCACGUUCCCGUGCGGCCCCUGGACCCGCUGCGCUACCCGCACGCGGACAGAGCACUGGUCACAGUCAGCGCGGAGGACAGCAGCCUGCCCCAGGCGGUGGAUCUGGAUCGCCUACAGGUGAAGUAUGACGAGGCGCUGAAGGAGAUGACGAUAGUCUCCGACCACAUGGACAGCAAGGCCGCUGUUGUUGUGAAGACGCCCCUGAAGUUUGAUUUGGAUAUCAAGACAUCAGGGACUGGCUGCGUGAAGAUUCAGAAAAUAGACUGUGAUAACUGCAGAAUAGAAACUGAGAUGGGGACUAGCAUCUUAGAGUCAAUAAAGAGCCAUAACAUCUGUGUAGAAACUAAAGGAGGCAAAGUGAUCUGUUUGGGAACUCUUCAUGGAAAUGCAGAUAUUCAUGCAGCAAAGAAAAGUAGUGUGAAUAUAGAGAAACUACAGGGGACAUCUAUUAACAUUUCUACUGAAGAUGGUUUAUUGAAAACCAAAUAUCUGUAUGCAGAAUCUUCAUUUCUGUCUUCAAGAGGUGGUGAUAUUCUACUGGGAAGUAUUCAUGGUGACACAACCCUCCAAACCAAAACAGGAAACAUCACAGUAGAUUCAUCAGAUGGGUAUCUACAUGCUUCUACACAUCAGGGGGCAAUAGAUGUUUAUGUUAAUCAAGUGAGAAAAGUGGAUCUGAAAAGCCAGAAAGGUUCCAUUACAGUCAAGGUACCUGCCUCUCUCAAAGCUUAUUUACAAUUAUCUGGAAGCAAGGUCGAUGUGAGCCCAGAGAUCCAGUUACAGGAAACCCAAUGUGCCCAUAAAGAGGGUCACAUAACUAUUACUGGUCAUCUAAAUCAAAUGAAUGAAAGAAACAAAUGGAUUAAGGCUGACACACAAGAUGGUUCAGUGCAUCUUAAAAGCCAAAGCUGGUUCCAGUCUAUCAAGCUGCAGGUUCCUUGAUAGGUCAGAGGUGUUUAAAAUUCAAGGAACAGUGAAGAAAGAUUACUGUACAAUAAUGGUGAAAGUGACUUAUUAAAAUAUAGCAAACAGUAUAUUAAGUGAGGAUUUUUUUUGCCUAACAUAUGUAUAUGUUAAAUGGCUGCUGUUUUUUAACUGCUGUAUGAAACAGGUUUUACUUUUAGUGCCUUCUAUAGUUGUGUACAAUCUUGUGAAUUCUGGAUUUGUGUAAAACUUGAACUGCUUAUCCCGUAAGAUUAGACCUCAAUGAAAAAAAUUCCCAAUGGUUAUAGCUGCCUGCUGCGUGCUUCAUAAUAUCAGAGAAGCAAACGGUAGAAAGUUUCAGCUGAGAAGGUGGGAAGGCUGAUGUUGAGCAGCCAGAUACCAAGGCUACAAGAAGAGCUCAGCGGGGAGUUAUAUAGCUCAGGGAGACUUUGAAAGACCAUUUAGAUACUGAGUACUGAGGGUGUUGUAGUGUGCUCUGCCUGGCAUUGGGGUUUUUUACACUUGGUAUGAACCUUUUCAUGAGUGCAGUUUGUUGAAGUAAUACAACAUUGCAAAGGUACCUCUUGUUGUUAUCUGCGAAUGAUGUCAACCCUAACCAGGAUAUGUUAUGAACUAAUGAAGAAUUAAGUUUCCAUAAACAGAUUUUUAUUCCAAACCCAAGCAAACAGACAUAUUUUAUAACUGACUGAAAUGUUAUACAUGCAGGGGAAAGAAGAGUCAUUUUCAUUUCACAAACAGAUACACUAGUACUGCAUUUGGUGCUGUGAUUGUCUGUACUCUUCCCUAGGGUGGAGUGGUAGAAGUAGUGCAGCAGCACUGAAUGCCAUGUACAGUGUUGGGGAGGAGAGGACUGGAGAUAUGAGAAUGCAGCUCUCUAUGGGCUGUAGAGGGAGGUGAACAUAGGUCUGUUGAACUUGAGGGUCAACAAGAAUUCCAGCACGUUUCUUUGCUGCUUGAGAAGCACUAGUAUCUCUGCUGCACAUCUCUCCUUUUCCUAUGUUGUUCUCCUCUCUGUUGUAUCCUUGUCCAUUUUAUCCCUGAGGGCGAUCUGCCAAACCCCAUGCUUGAAAUCAGAAGCACCAGAGCCAUGUAGGAUAUCUCAGAAUAUGUCAUCCCGCAUCCUCUUGCUUUUCUGGCUGAGCCAUGUCCCUGGUGUGGAGAGGCCCUCAAGGCCAUGUUUCUAGCUGCAGAAGGUACUAUGAACAAAGAUACCAUUGUGAGUAUUCACAAAAUAAACAGUAAUGUGGCAUACUGAACUCACUUCCUUCAACACACCCAAGUUGCACGCACCACGUUCUCACUUCCACUUGGAAUUCAUAGAGCAAAGUGGCAAUCCCAGCCAUAGUGAGUAAGACCUAUUGGGAGUUGGGGCAAUAAGAGAGGCAGCUCCUGGGCAUGAGUAUGUGCAGAUACGGCAAAUGAAGUGAAUACUGGCACUGUUUUCCAUAGGAAGUGGUGAUUUUAGCUGAUCUCUCACUCCUGAGGGUAACCGACACAGAAAGGAGGCUGCUCUGCACAUGUCCAUAUGCAGACCAAGUCCAUAUGCUGCUAGCCUGGGAGCUGUAUUGGUGUGUCUGAAAUAACUGCUGGGUGGCAUUGGAGUGUCCUACCAGAGUGGAAGAAAUAAGGAAGCCCUUCCCAGAAACCUUUGGCAGAAAAUUGCAGAGUACCUCCUGGAAAGAUUUUUCGAGAUCCGUAUCUCGGAUUCAUGGGACAUCCUGGUGCACAUAAACAGAACAGGGCAAUGGGCGCCAGAUAGCAACUCUACCUUUGUUGGAGAUUUUGCUUCCUCUUCUAUCAUCAUUAAAAAAGAGUAAGUGAACAGGUUUGUCCCUGCAAUAUCAAAGCAAACUGCACAGUUAACAGGUUCCUUCUCUCAUCAGGUGCACCUGUGCUGGAAUGUUGGACUAGGUCGACUAUUCUGGAGUAAAAAACGGGCCCUGGCUCACUGUGACACUCUAUUCACUUGUCCCCUACUGCUCUUCUUUGUCCAAUCCCUCCUCCUUAUUGUUCACUCUGGAGGCCUGUGACUCUGACUUCCUAAGUAUUUUUGGGGCUCGUGGGAAGGGGUCUCCCCCAAGUAUUACAUGCAGCACUUUCUAAAUAUUGUACCAUAGCGACCGUUAGCCUCCCUGACUUUCUAGUGCACCUGCUGCUGCUCCUUGGCUUUCAUAUACACCACUUCUGCAGGUCCCUCUUGUAUCCCUUUUGCCCCAUGCCCUGAGUGAUCUGCUCUUAGCUAUCAAUGUUUUUACAGCUGGCUCAGAACUGACAGCAUAGCCUCUUCUCCCCGCAGAUCCACCGUCUCCCCUGUUUCCAGACAGGAGCAUGACUGCAGCAAGGAGUCAGCAGGGCAGCUGCUAGAUGAGCUCUCCAGGCUGAGCAAACAGGAAAUGGAAUUUCAAAAAUUUGAGGGCAUUUAGAGGGGAGGGAUAUAUACAUGUGUAGAAUCAUAGAACACUAGAACUGGAAGGGACCUCAAAACGUCAUUGAAUCCAGUCUCCUGCCCUCAUGGCAGGAUCUAGUACCAUCUAAACCAUCCCUGAUAGAUGUCUAUCUAAUCUGCUCUUAAAUAUUUCCAGAGAUGGAGAUUCCACAACCUUGCUAGGCAAUUUAUCCUGGUAUUUAGCCACGCUGACAGUUAGGAAGUUUUUCCUAAUGUCCAACCUAAACCUCCUUUGCUGCAGUUUAAGCCCAUUGCUUCUUGUUCUAUCCUCAGAGGCUAAG